AUGAGAGGUUUUUGUCUUAUAAUACUUCCAUUUCUCUUCUGCUGUACAGUAGCCGUUUUGGAUUCAUAUCUUGCAUUGGAGGGGAAUGUAGUAAAUGACAGAGAUAGCAUUAUUGAGAAUUAUUUUAAUGCUGGUUACAAGUAUUGUGAAAUCCUUGCAUUUCUUAUUGCGUAUCAUGGAAUAAAUAUAUCGCUUCGACAGUUGAAAAGAAUUUUAAACACGAAGGGCCUUCGGAGAAGAAAACAUCCAAGUGAUCUCGAAGACGUCAUAAACGUAAUUGAGAGGGAAAUUCAAGGAAGUGGCUCAUGCAUCGGCUACCGUGCAAUGUGGCAAAGAUUAAGAACGGAUUAUAAAUUGAUCGUAAGUCAACACACCGUGCGACUGGCUUUAAAAUUGAUUGAUCCCGAUGGUGUUACCCGGCGCAGAAAACACCGACUGCAACGAAGGCGCUACAAAGCGAGGGGACCAAACCAUCUGUGGCACUUGGACGGUUAUGACAAACUGAAACCGUUUGGGUUUUGCAUCCAUGGAUGUAUAGACGGCUACAGCCGACGUAUUAUGUGGCUAGAAGUUGGUACAACAAACAACGACCCACGUGUUAUUGCAAAGUAUUUUAUAGAUUGUGUGAGGCAAGUCCAAGGAACGGCGUCGAUAGUGAGAGCUGAUCGAGGGACAGAGAACGUUAAGGUUGCAGGAAUCCAGCGAUUUCUUAGACGCAACGAUACAGAUUCGUUUUCGGGAAAUAGCAGUUUCAUGUAUGGGAAGUCUGUGUCAAACCAACGAAUCGAGGCAUGGUGGUCUCAGCUACGUAAAGGAUGCACUGAAUGGUGGAUUAAUUACUUCAAAGACCUGAGAGAUAGAGGAUUGUACUGUGACGCCGAUAUAAUAAAUGUAGAAUGUUUGAAGUUCUGUUAUAUGCCCGUGAUACAAGAUGAACUUCAAAGAGUUGCUAGAUUAUGGAACUCUCAUCGUAUUCGCCCCUCUACCAACCAGGAUUCUCCACCAGGUAAACCAGACAUGUUAUAUUACUUAUCGACAACAAUAGAGGAUGCUGAAGAAUGUAAACAUGCUGUUGACACAACUGAACUUGAUAUUGCUGAAGAGUUGUGCUGUUUCGAUAUUUCGAAUACAGAAUCUUAUGUGCAGUUUACACACCUAGCUACAAUGAUAAUGAAUGAGCAAGGAUUAAAUCACCCACGUUCACCUGAAAUGGCUGAAGAUUUAUAUAUGCGUUUGCUGACAGAGAUCGAAGAUAUCUUAUCAUAA